AUGGUGGAAAACAGCAAAGGAGGUCAAUAUGCGCUAGCAAUAUCGUCCAUUGUAACCGACUUGAUCAAAGCUUAUGAGGCAGGAGAUACACUCAACUUUACAAAGUUGAAGGGAACAGCCGCCAAAAAGUACAAACUCACUGGAAUUCCCAAGAUGGCGGACAUUCUACAAGCCUUGCCGAUUACGUACCGUGCCAAACUGUGGCCGUUUUUGCAAACCAAACCAGUGCGAACCGCCAGUGGUGUCGCCGUCGUCGCUGUCAUGUCAAAGCCUCAUCGAUGCCCACACAUUGCCUACACUGGUAAUGUUUGCGUCUACUGUCCCGGUGGUCCGGAUUCGGAUUUUGAAUACUCCACCCAGGCCUAUACGGGGUACGAACCAACCUCGAUGCGGGCCAUUCGAGCUCGGUACGAUCCAUUUUCGCAAGUCAAGGGCCGUGUGGCACAACUCAAGGCUAUUGGACACACUGUCGAUAAGGUGGAGUUUAUUGUCAUGGGAGGUACCUUUCUGUCACUCGAUAAGGAAUACAAGGAUUGGUUCGUCCGAAAUCUGCACGAUGCUCUUAGCGGAUAUCACUCCAACAGCGUCCGAGAAUCCAUUCGGUAUUCCGAACAUGCCAAGACCAAGUGCAUUGGUAUUACCAUUGAAACGCGUCCAGAUUACUGUCUCAAACCGCAUUUGGAAGAAAUGUUGAGUUAUGGGUGUACGCGGAUUGAAAUUGGAGUCCAAAGUAUCUACGAAUCAAUCGCGAGGGAAACCAAUCGAGGACACACGGUGGCAGCUGUCUGCCACUCCUUCCAACUGGCCAAGGAUUGUGGAUUCAAGGUGGUGACGCACAUGAUGCCCGAUCUGCCUAACAUGGGAUACGAACGUGAUUUGGAAGGCUUUAUGGAAUACUUUGAGAAUCCGCUCUUUCGGUCGGAUGGAAUGAAGUUGUAUCCUACUCUAGUCAUCCGAGGCACUGGGCUGUACGAAUUGUGGAAAACGGGAAGAUAUCAAAACUACACGCCGGACCAAUUGGUGGAACUGACUGCCAAAAUAUUGAGUCUGGUGCCACCAUGGACACGCCUGUAUCGAAUCCAGCGAGAUAUUCCCAUGCCGUUGGUGAGUAGUGGUGUGGAACAUGGAAAUUUGAGAGAAUUGGCACUGCAAAAGUUAAAGGAUUGGGAUCUUCCUUGUUUGGAUAUCCGCACGAGAGAAGUUGGCAUGAAGCAAAUUCACUCGGCAGUGACUCCCGAUCAAGUUGAAUUGAUUCGACGAGACUACACUGCCAAUGGUGGAUGGGAAACCUUCUUGACAUACGAAGAUCCUUGUCAAGACAUUCUGAUUGGAUUGUUGCGAUUGCGCAAGCCAAACAUGUCGUCGGCCUUUAUGAAGGAAAUCACCGAUGUCCCGUGCUCGAUUAUCCGUGAGUUGCAUGUCUAUGGAUCAGCGGUCGCCGUGGCAGCUCGAGAUCCCACGAGGUUUCAACAUCAAGGUUUCGGUAUGAUGUUGAUGGAAGAAGCGGAACGGAUUGCACGAGAAGAACAUGGGUCAGAGAAGAUAUUGGUGAUCUCGGGUGUCGGAACAAGACAUUACUACCGAAAGAUUGGAUAUGAGCUGGACGGUCCGUAUAUGAGUAAGAUGUUGAUAUAG